AUGGAGCGCAUGAAGGAAGAUCAAGAUCAGAUCUAUUAUCACUCUGGUGCAGAUCUCGAAUCCGUCAAGGAUAGUCCAUUCCUCGAGAAACUGAUCAAAAAAGGGUAUGAGGUUCUCUAUUUGACACAGGCCAUUGACGAGAACAUGACCACCCAGUUGCUUGACUACGAAGGCACGAAGUUCAUGUCAAUUUCGAAAGACAACUUCAAAUUUGGUGAGAAAGAUCAAAAAGAAGAGAAAGAGAAGAACAAGGCUCUGAAGAAAAUGUACAAGCCGCUGACGAAAUUCCUGAAAAAGAAGUUGGGAGACAAGGUCUCCAAGGUGAGACUAUCAAACCGGCUCAGUGAUACAGUGUGUGUGUUGACAUCGGACCAGUAA